AUGGGUACAUCAACUCAACAUGGAGUCAUACACCGCGAUGUGAAAACCUCCAAUAUUUUGUUGGAUGCAAACUUUGCAGCUAAAAUUUCAGAUUUUGGAUUGGCAAAAGUUGGUUUAACAGAUCAAACACGAACUCAUGUGUUGUCAGGGAGAAAAGCGGUAGAUACAAGUUUUGAUGAAGAGCAAUGGGGUUUAGCUGCUUGGGCUCAACAUCUAAUCAAAGAAGGAAAGAUUAAUCAAAUUAUUGACCCGAGAUUGAUUCCACAAAUUUCAAGAAAAUGCUUCAAGGAGUUUGCAAGUGUAGCAGGUCGUUGUUUACACACCCUACCAAAACACCGCCCUACCAUGGCAGAGGUUGUGGUGAAGCUGGAGUCUAUUCUUUCACAAAAAAGAGAAUUCUCCAAUUCGGUUGUUGAUGAUGAAGGAUUCAUAUACAAGCUAAAAUCUCAUGUCAUUGGCAAAUUAGUUGUUGCUGCAAUUGGAAGCAAAUCUGAUUUCAUUGCACAUCCUAAACCGAUAGUAGCUGAAAAUAAUGCUGCAAUACGAAAAAAAUCCUUAUAG